UAUAUUCAACGGGCUUAAGCUCAUCAUGCUGUUUCCUUCCUUCCAAUUCCAUAGCUUCUUUCUACCUGAAUUCUGUUUCUCCCAUUCCUCUUUCUCCUUCGCUUCCUCUGCUUGCUUCUUCGAUUCAUUUCAUACAAAUUCUCAACUGUUUUCCUUUGAUCGCAGAAUUUUGAUUAAGCUCAUCCAAAUUGUUACAGAGGCUGAAAAUCCCCUGUUUCGUUGCUUUUGAUGGAAAACAGUUUUGGAAUCGUUAAAAGUGAUGAAUUGAUAGACCUCCCUCCCGGAUUUCGAUUCCACCCCACCGAUGAAGAGCUGAUCACUCAUUAUCUCUGCAGAAAGGCCAUCGACGGAAGCUUCUCCGCCAUAGCCAUCGGUGAGGUUGAUAUGAACAAGGUUGAGCCCUGGGAAUUGCCUUGGAGAGCGAAAUUGGGGGAAAAGGAGUGGUACUUUUUCUGUAUGAGGGACAAGAAAUACCCGACCGGGCUGCGGACGAACAGAGCCACCGCCGCCGGCUACUGGAAAGCCACCGGAAAAGAUAAACAGAUUUUUCGCGGGAAAAUCCUAAUCGGGAUGAAGAAAACCCUAGUUUUCUACCGCGGGAGAGCUCCCAAGGGCCACAAAUCCGAUUGGGUGUGCCACGAAUACAGAUUGGAAGGCAAUUUCACUCUCGACAAAUCAACCAAGAAAAAAACGGCUUUCUCGAUUUGUGUGCAGAACGAUUGGGUGAUCAGCAGGGUGUUUCAAAAGGCGAGUGGAGGGAAAAAGGUCCAUAUUUCCGGUCUGGUUAGGAUGGGCUCCGCCGCCGCCGCGCUGAUGGAGACGGAAUCUGGCCACGUGCACUGCUUCUCCAAUGCCGAUGUUGUUCGUGCUCCGAUCAACGAUGAUUUUUCCAUUCCCUCCUCGAUUCCGUGGGGGCAGUUGGCCUCGGUUCCGGUGCCCGAUCCGGCGAUUCUCCGGCAAUUUCUCGCGAGCUAUGGACACAACGUGUCGCAGGAGACUGCGUUGAGUGCUGAGAACUCCUCCGGCGUCUCGAAUCUCGACACCGGGAAGAGGCCGUUUGAGGAACAGGAUAGUGCAGUUGAGCCUCAGGAUUUGGAAUGCAUUUGGAGUUACUCAUCACUUUAGAUUUAACAAAUUAAUGGAUCAUAUUAUUGGUUUUAGGGCAAAGGGUUGAUCUUGUUCCAUCGUCUGGGACGUUCCGUGUCGGUAAUUACCAUUAGUAUCCAUCGUUUCAUUUUUUAGAAUAAAAUGGCCUGUAAAAAUUUAUGACGAUCGAAAUAUUGACACGACAAUUGAAAUUACACGUCAAUUAUCCAAAAUUACACAUCAUCGACAAGUAAUUUCGGUUGUCACGUCUAUAUUCCGAUAGCUAUAAAUUUUUCAUGUGCCAUUUUAUUCCUAAAAAUAAAACGGGAAAUACCAAAAAUCAACAAACAUAAAGAAGAAGAAGUAAUGUUCUAGUUUAGUACUCCGUACUACUAUAGUCUUGAUUUUGUGUAAAUUGUUUGGAUUGAAUAUUCGUAUAGUGGGAAUGAUUCCAAAGUCACAUCAUGAAUA